UCCAAGUAGAUCGGUAUGUCCUUGGUAGUUGUCAUAUCAACUCUGCUUGGCUAUAUCUAUACCAAGACGGGGCCCCCAGGAUUCAAAGGAAACGUGUGACAAAGGACGACAUACAAGAAGGUUAACAUGAACUCAUUAGUGAUUGUAACGUGUCUGGCUGUAGGAGUUUUGGCCUGCUUAGUUUUGGGUCGAGAAGAAGUCCAUCACAUCCACUCCGAGAAUGGUCGCAAUGUCCACGUUCAUUUACACGAGGUAGGAAACUGUGAGGAGAAGGUCGAUCAUCACCAUGACCAUGGCGACAACAAACCUGCUGCUGCCGACGUCAUGGCAAAGCCCACGAAACCCGGGAAAAAGAAAAAGGGUGGGAAGAAAGGAAAGAAAAGUAAAAUGAUGCAUGAUGCGCCAGCAGAGGAAACGGUGAACGGCGUCCAUCCGGGACAUCACGAAGGGGACGACGAUAUUCACAUUCACAUCCACGAGGCCGGCGAAAACUGCGCCAACCAUGAUGACCAUCACGGAGAGCAUGGCGAACAUCAUGGCCGCCAUCAUGGACAUCAUGGCGAACAUCAUGGUGACCAUCAUGGACAUCACGGCGAACAUCAUGGCGAACAUCAUGGACAUCGCGGCGGCCACGGAGGUCGAGGUGGACACGCCUGCGCAAUGUGUGCUCGAGCUCUUCAACAUCAUGGCCCCGAUCAUGACGACCACCGACAAGAUCACCCUGGUCACCAUGGACCGCAUUCACACGAGGAAGAUGCCGCCAAACACGAUCACUCUGAGGACUACGUCUAUGCUCACUGUGCCAUGGGACCAAAUACGGGAGUUGCAUUGAAGAAAAGAUCAACGAUCACUGGUUCUGUUCAUUUACGACAAUUGAUAUAUGGUGGUCCCGUAGAAAUGCAGAUAGACUUAGAAGGAUUCCAGGCUCAAGAUGGCGUCAUGCAACACGAGCACGGUCUGCACGUGCAUGAGUUUGGGGACCUCACUGAUGGCUGUCAGUCCACGGGCUCACACUUCAAUCCUUUUGGGGUGGAUCAUGGGGCUCCCACCGAUGAUAUCAGACAUGCUGGAGAUUAUGGCAACAUCCGCUGUGACGAUAAAGGCAAAACAAAUGUGGCCAUGAACGAUUCUAGAAGCACACUGAUUGGUUACCAUAACAUUAUUGGGAGAGCUUUGGUCAUUCAUGAAAAAGCUGACGACCUAGGUAAAGGUGGAACGCCAGCGAGUUUGAAAACUGGCGAUGCCGGUGGGCGUAUAGCUUGCUGUACCAUUGUCCGGGCCAAACCGCACGGUCACUGGGAGUCGCACGUCCAUGAUCACAGCGGAGACCAUCAUCACGAUCCUCAUGAUGAUCACGGGGACCACAAAGACCACAACCACGAAGAUCACAUGCAUGGCCAUGGCAAGCAUAUGCACCGUGGCAAAAAGGACAAAGCUACGUCAGAGGCGAAAGCCGAUCAUGGCGACCCCAGCCAACAUUUGGACCCUGCACGGGAAGGAUGAACUAAAGAGGAAGCGAGAUAGGUUUAGGACGUGUUCAUGCUGGAUCACGGCAGGACUUUCAUUUAACCAUAUUGGAUGAUUGUCGCAAAGUUUCUGAAGUACGUCAUGAUUUGAAUAUUUAGACAUAUCCCUUCAAACUCAGAUAAAAAAAAAAUGGAAUUUUAAUGUCUUUUAUCGAUACAAUUGCCCAUAUAUACUUUAUCUGAAACAUUAUUAGAUCUUGUAAAUUAUGUCACAAGCUUGAGAAAGGUAGUACACCUUUCAGGCGGAGGUAAUGUUUUUACCACUGUUUCUUUUUGUGUGGAACUGCAACUUUACGGAAAUGUUAUGAACGGAUUUGGUGCAAUUUAAUUCACAGUCUUUUCUUCGGCUAAAGAUCAAACCAUUACAUUUUAAGUUUCUUCUCUCAACUUUCAACUAAACAGACCUUGAUUAUGGCGUGAUUAUCGACAACCAAAUAAAUAAAAUAAGCAGGCUUAACAA